AUGCAGUCCCAGUACAGUGUACGCACCGCAGCAAGUAGGGGUGGUGCGGUGCGGCGUGCAGGCAGUGUCGCAGCGCGUGGAAGGCGUCACUCUGCGGCAGCAGCAUCACCACCAACAGAUGCAGUCUCAGUACAGUGUACGCACCGCAGCAAGUCGGGGUGGUGCGGUGCGGCGUGCAGGCGGUGUCGCAGCGCGUGGAAGGCGUCACUCUGCGGCAGCAGCAUCACCACCAACAGAUGCAGUCUCAGUACAGUGUACGCACCGCAGCAAGUAGGGGUGGUGCGGUGCGGCGUGCAGGCGGUGUCGCAGCGCGUGGAAGGCGUCACUCUGCGGCAGCAGCAUCACCACCAACAGAUGCAGUCUCAGUACAGUGUACGCACCGCAGCAAGUAGGGGUGGUGCGGUGCGGCGUGCAGGCGGUGUCGCAGCGCGUGGAAGGCGUCACUCUGCGGCAGCAGCAUCACCACCAACAGAUGCAGUCUCAGUACAGUGUACGCACCGCAGCAAGUAG